AAAAAAAGGCACCCGCCUUGUUGGGCCACGGCCCGACGUCGACGCCCGAACCCGGUUGGCUACUCGCGAGCGCUUCACUUUUCACCACCCGUCACUCCAAAAUCCGGGGAAGCGUGAAUGAAUGCUGACUGCUUCAUUUCGAGGUAAUCGAGCUUCCCUCGCGAACUCUGUCCCGAAACGCUUCCGAGGCAUCGCGACCCCCCGCAAUCGCUUAGCGUCUCCGACCCUCUCGAUGAUAGGCGGAGAGCCGGAGGCCGGUGAAGGGAAGGUCUACGUUCACUACGACCACGUCCUUCCCUCCAGAUACGAUCGAUGGACGGCGAGGGAGAGCUUCCAGUUCAUGUACGACAGGCCCUGGCAAGACGUCCAGGAUUUCUUCUCCAGUGUCAUCAAUGGGCGGUUAUCGCUUUCCGAGUUGUUCGGGACUGAGAGAUCUCUUGUUCAUGAUAAUACCAAAAUUCCAGAGGCUUGCGAGAAGUCUGGACUAGAGAGUCUUCCAGGAGGGAAUAGGUCUGGAAGAUGGGAAAGAAGAACAUAUAAGAUUGUCCUUUCUUAUCAUGGUGGUUCUUUUGAUGGUUGGCAAAAGCAGCGUGGCUUAAACACCGUCCAGGGCUCAAUAGAAAAAUCUCUUGGGGAGUUUGUGGAUGAGAAGAAAGCUAAGCUCCUAAAGGACAAGUCCUUGCCUGUGGAGGGCUGUGCUGUGGUUGCUGGGCGGACCGAUAAAGGAGUAACGGCUUUGGGGCAAGUCUGUUCAUUCUAUACAUGGAGAAAGGAUGUUGAACCUCAACAUAUUGAACUCGCCGUUAAUACUGCAGCACCAAGGAGACUCAGGGCAGUAUCUGUUUCUGAGGUAUCUCGUUCAUUCCAUCCCAAUUUCUCUGCAAAGUGGAGGCGCUAUUUGUACAUAUUUCCUUUCAAUGAUGGAGAAAAUGGGGAGCUAAGCGAGGGGACUAGGAAGAAUGUUGACAAAAUAUGUUCAAAAGCUAAUAGUGCAUGCAGAAGCAAGGGAUUUGGUAAUGAUAUUGGUAAUGAGGAUCUUCAGAGUUUUAUCUUAUCUGACGAGGAUGAUGAUUAUGAAGCUGGAAAUAAACAAGUGAGCUUUGAAGUUAGUCGGGUGAAUCAAUUUUUGCAGCUUCUAGAAGGGAAAUUACUGUCAUACAAGAUGUUUGCUCGAGAUACAAAGGCUUCAAGAAAUAUUGGCCCACCAACAGAAUGUUUCCUGUAUCAUGCUCGUGCUUCUUUGGCCAGAUUAAAAGGCGCGGAUCACCAAGGAGGAAGAAAUGUUAUGUGCAUUGAGCUGGUUGCUAAUCGAUUCCUUCGGAAGAUGGUUCGGGUUCUUGUAGCAACAUCAAUAAGAGAAGCAGCGGCAGGUUCAGAGCAGGAUGUGUUGAUGAAGCUGAUGGAUUCGACAUGUAGACGUGCGACUGCUCCUCCAGCUCCUCCUGAUGGCCUGUGUCUCGUUGAUGUCGGGUACACAGAUUUCAAUCCGGCCACUUGCCUCAUUAAGAAGGGAUCUUGAACUUGAUAUCCGUGUUGUGUCAUGGAACAGCCAAAUUAUUCUUGAUAUAAACAGUCAUUUUUCCUCUUCCAUUUUCCCUGCAUUCUCUGCAGUUGCGGGCAGAUAUUUGCCAGUUUUCAUCCUAUCAAAUUGUAAUGCUUGAUAGGGUUGUCGACGAAGGGAACAAGUCAUGUGGGAACCAUCAGAGAAAUUGAUCUAUUUUUAGAUAGUUGGGAUAUAUAUGACUUUACUAGAGAUCCGCAAAAGCCGCACCAUCCUUGGAAGAAGUCCUCUUAUUUAUUUACUUACAAGUUUUGGUGUUAAUAAAAGCGUUAAAGUGAUGUUUUCAA